AUGCUGAACGGCCCGGUGUUGGAGGAGUCGGAGUGGGGCUCCGAGGCGCCAUGCGCGGGGUCCUGCCACGCGCAGCGUGUCCUGCAGACCCUGAACGCGUACCGGCGGAGCGGCAUCCUCACCGACGUGGUGCUGCGAGCCGGCGGCCGCGACUUCCCGUGCCACCGCGCGGCGCUUAGCGCGGGCAGUGCCUACUUCCGCAGCUUGUUCGCGGCCGGGCGGCCAGAGCGUGGUCUGGCCGUGGUGCCCGUGGUGCCCGAGGCGCCAGGCCCCGCCGGGACAGCGGUGGCGACGGCCCUGGCCGUAGUGCUCGACUACGUGUACUGCGCGGGCGUGCGGUUGCGCGCCGAGGACGAGGCGGCCGCGGUGCUGGCGCUGGCUGAGCGGCUGGGCGUGGCGGGCCUGCGUGAGGCCUGCGCGCGCUUCCUCGAGGGUCGCCUGCGCGCCGCUAACAGCCUGGCGCUGCGCCGCGUGGCCGCCGCCUUCUCCCUCGCCUCUCUGGCUGAGCGCUGCGGCCGCGUGCUGCGCCAGGCGUUCGCCGAAGUGGCGCGCCACGCUGACUUCCUGGAGCUGACGCCUGACGAGGUGGCAGCGCUGCUGGCAGACCCGGCGCUGGGCGUGGCGCAUGAGGAGGCCGUGUUCGAGGCGGCCAUGCGCUGGGUGCGCCACGACGCGCCGGCCCGCCGCGGCCAGCUGCGGCGCCUGCUGGAGCACGUGCGACUGCCCCUUCUGGCGCCCGCCUACUUCCUGGAGAAAGUGGAGGCCGAUGAGUUGCUGCAGGCCUGCAGCGAGUGCCGCCCGCUGCUUCUAGAGGCCCGCGCCUGUUUCAUCCUGGGCCGCGAGUCUAGCGCACUUCGAGCCCGACCGCGGAGAUUCAUGGACCUAGCUGAAAUGAUCGUGGUCAUCGGUGGUUGUGACCGAAAGGGGCUCCUGAAGCUGCCCUUCACCGACGCCUACCAUCCAGACAGCCGGCGCUGGACCCCGCUGCCCAGCUUGCCCGGCUAUGCUCGCUCAGAGUUCGCAACGUGUACUCUCCGCAAUGACAUCUAUGUUUCUGGAGGCCACAUCAACAGCCGUGAUGUGUGGAUGUUCAGCUCCCAUCUGCACACCUGGAUCAAAGUGGCCUCGCUGCGCAGGGGCCGGUGGAGACACAAGAUGGCGGUGGUGCAGGGGCAGCUGUUCGUAGUGGGCGGCUUCGAUGGCCUGCGUCGACUGCACAGCGUGGAACGCUACGAUCCCUUCUCCAACACCUGGGCGUCGGCGGCCCCUCUCCCCGAGGCAGUAAGCUCAGCCGCUGUGGCCCCCUGCGAGGGCCGGCUCUACGUGAUCGGGGGCGCUGGGCAGGAUGGCGUCAGCACCAACAAGGUGCAGUGCUUUGAUUCCAAGGAGGACCGGUGGAGCCUGCGGUCACCGGCUCCCUUCUCACAGCGGUGCCUUGACGCUGUCUCCCUGGAGAACACCAUCUAUGUGGUUGGCGGCCUUAUGAGCAAAAUCUUCACCUACGACCCUGGCACAGAUGUCUGGGGGGAGGCAGCUGUCCUCCCCAGCCCUGUGGAGAGCUGUGGCGUGACUGUGUGUGAUGGGAAAGUCCACAUCCUCGGCGGGCGGGAUGAUCACGGGGAAAGCACCGACAGGGUCUUCACCUUUGACCCCAGCAGUGGGCAGGUGGAGGCCCAGCCGUCCCUGCAGCGCUGCACGAGCUCCCAUGGCUGCGUCACCAUCGUCCAGAGCCUGGGCAGGUGACGCAUACUUGAGGCAGGAGGUGGGAGGGGAGGGAGAACUCAGGCUCACCACUGCUCCCUUUAUGACACCUCCAUGUAAACAGCAUCUUAACUUACUGCCCCUUUUCUUGUAGAAAUAAAACCUUCUUCAAAGGUCGAGUCUGUAUUCCCGCUCAAGCCUCCUUUGCCUGGAGAAGUAAUG